UUGUAUGUGGGAAUAAAAUGAUUUAUUGCGCAUUUCCACACGCACACAUGCACAUGCCCAUCGGGUCAGUCGGCUAAUCAAUCACUCAAUCGAGACACAUGCACACACACCCGUCCGUUUCGGCUCUACAUCAAUUCAGUUUGUGAUUGUCGCUUGAGGAGAGCAUAACGCCGGUCGCCAGGUAGUGGGAAUAAGUUUAUACAUAUAUGGACAUCCAGAUCCAGAGCAACUACAGAAAUCAGUGGGAGUAUGUAAAGUGUUUACCAACACUAGACGCUAGAAGUGGCAACUCUGGCCAACUGUAAUCAACAACAGCUGAUUGCCUUGGACAACAGAAAAGAUGGCAGCUGCACUGCCAGAUCGGUUUAGUGCGGGCAAACGGCAGUUCUGGCGCGAGUUUCUGGCUCUUUAUCAGGGAAUGCCGGAGCUUUGGGACGUCCACCACCUCAAUUACCGGAACAAGGAGCUGCGGAACCGGGCGUACGAGUUGCUGGAGAGGAAACUACGGGAGAUACAGCCGAACGCUACGCGCUCAGAAGUGGGCAGGCGCAUCAACAUAUUUCGCACCAAUUACAGGCGGGAGCAGAUGCGAAUCCUCAAACAGAAGGAGCUGGGGCUGCACUCCGACCUCUGUAAGCCGACGCUCUGGUUCUACGACUACAUGGGCUUUCUCCUGACCCAGGAGACCUUCCAGCACAGGACCAGAAAAGGUCGGGGCGGCAGACAAAAGCCCGAUUUUCGCAGGGAAAAGGAUGACAAAUACACCUUGAAAAAUCCAGAUCUCAACACGGAAAGCGUUUGUGAUUGGCCGAUCAAGGAUGACAACGCUUUCAACUACCAAUCCGAACCCACUGCCCCGCAAUCCGAGGAGGGUUCCCUGCUCAGUCCAAAAUUGGAGAUCAUAGAGGCGGAAGAAGGGCAGUGUGAAGUCAAAGACGAAAAUUGUUUGGGAAAUUCAUUGGAAACAAAGGAACCCACUUCCUCGAUUCAAACAGAUCCAGAGAACGAACGAGGAACUGCACCCAUGCAACUCAGCGAGUCCUCCGAAGUACUGGCCAGAUCCUGGGCUAUCCAGUACGAGGAAAUGUCCCCCACGCAACGGAUUCUAGCACGAAAGGCCAUAGCAGACAUCCUGUUUGAGGGAUGCAUGGGCAACCUGCGAGUAAACCGCGGCGAACAACAGAGCACCGUCUCAAAUCAUUUCUAAACCAAAGAUUACUACUAUUACGUCAUUGGAUAUUCCUGCAUUUGUCACUCUACGACUUAUUGAGCAUCUCAUUGAAGAUUUCGAAAACACAGAACUAAGCAUACUGCUCUAAAGAAAGUUCGAAACCACUCAGGCCAUAAUAUGAUGAACGAGGCAUUGCAAACUAUAGAACUAGAAUUUAAGAACUAAAGAACUACAAGUACAAUUAAGAAUACAGUUUGAAUAUAUCAACAAAACAGCA